AGAGAGCGACCGGGUCGAGUCUGGAUGUGAGGUCAGAGACAUCGGGCAGGGGAAGAAAAUGUCCAAUCAAAGCACCGUGACCGAGUUCCUGCUCUGGAGUUUCUCGGACAUUCGGGAGCUGCAGGUUUUGCACUUUGUGGUGUUUCUAGUCAUGUACCUGGCGGCUCUGGUGGGGAACCUUCUCAUCAUCUCAGCUGUAGCCCUCGACCACCAUCUGCACACCCCCAUGUACUUCUUCCUGGGAAACCUGUCCAUCCUGGACCUCGGAUUCAUCUCCGUCACCGUCCCCAAGUCCAUGGCCAACUCCCUCCUGGGCACCAGCUCGAUUUCUUAUUCUGGAUGCUUCACCCAAGUCUUUUUCCUGCUCUUCUUCAUCGGAGGAGAUUUUUUCCUUCUCACCGUCAUGGCCUACGACCGCUACGUCGCCAUCUGCCAGCCGCUGCACUAUCGGAGAGUGAUGACCAGGAGAUGCUGUGUCCACAUGGUGGCCAGUGCCUGGAUGACUGGUAUUCUCAAUUCUGCCCUGCACACGGGUAGCACGCUGGCUGUCUCCUUCUGCAAAGGCAACAGAGUGGAUCAGUUCUUCUGUGAAGUUCCCCAUCUCCUAAAGCUAGCCUGCCCUGCUUCCUACCCCAAUGAAAAUGGCCUGCUUCUAUUUAGUGCCUGCUUAGUCUUAAGCUGCUUUGUGUUAAUAAUUGUGUCGUACAUUCAGAUCUUCAGAGCGGUGCUGAGAAUCCCCUCGGAGCAGGGCCGGCACAAAGCCUUCUCCACCUGCUUCCCACACCUCGCCGUGGUCUCCUUGUUUAUUUCCACUGGCACCUUUGCCUACCUGAAACCCACCUCUAGCUCAGCCCCGGGGCUGGAUCUGGUGGUGGCUGUUUUCUACUCCAUCCUUCCCCCAGUGAUGAAUCCGGUCAUCUACAGCAUGAGGAGCAAGGAGAUCGAAGCGGCCCUGAGGAAACUGGUGGGGUGGAGGCUGGCCCCUAAGAGUCAAAAUCCCAUCACUUCCUGA